ACAUCCGCUACGGCUAUAAAAGGUCAAGCCUCUAGCCAUUUGAGGAUGUCAUAGAUUGAAUAUGUUCCCCCAGAUUUAUAUGUUGAAAUCGCAAUGCCCAGUAACUUCAAAAUGUGACUGUAUUUGGAGAUGGGGCUUUAAAGGGAUCACUGUGGAUAAAUGAGGUCGUAUGUGUGGGCCCCCAUCCUAUGGCUGGUGUCCUCAUGAGGAGAGAGACAUACCAGGGGCUCACACAGGGCUUGCCAUCUGCAAGCCUAGGAGAGAAGCCACAGGAGAAACCAACCCUGCAGACACCUUGAGCUCAGAAUUUGGCCUCUGGGGCCAUGGGAAGACAGAUUUCUGUGGUGCUUUGCCAUGGUGGCAGGAGCAAACCAAUGCAGUGAAUUGGGGAGGGGGGCCUACAAAAAGCUCCCCCUGGGCCAACGUCCCUCACCUGAGAUGCCCUGAAACACCAGAUCCUGCUGCAGCCACGCAGCCACCCAACAGGGAAUCACAUUUAUUCUAUUCUGGAUUAAGUGCCAGGUACAGAAAGCUGCUGGGAUUCCAGACCAAGGACAGUGGCUGGUCUGGCCCACAGGGAGGCCUAGAGAUGACAGAAUGGAGCCAUCCCAUCUCAGAAUCCCACCACCUGAUGUGGAGCAGCCCACCCAGAGAGGACCAGGGCAGGAGACCCAGUGACCAAGCAGGGACCUUACCCUAGCACAGUGAAACAGAGCCCAGAGUUCCUACAGAUAACUCUUGGUUGAUGGCUAGGGGCUGGUGAACUUUUUGUGAAGGCCCAGAUGGGAAAUAUUUUACCCUCUGUGGGUCAUAGGAGCUCUCUCACACUCCUUUCAUUUGAUUUUACGACUCUUCCAAAGGUAAAACCCAUUCUUGCUUUGCCAGCUCUGCAAGAGCAUGUCUGGCUCUGUGGGUUGUGGUUUCUCAGCCCCUGGUCUGAUCUGCUCCCCGGUACUGGCAAAUUCAAGACAGUGACGGCAGAGCAUGACCCCAAUGUGCACCCUGUGUGGGGGCUCAGUUUGAACACCCACGAAGCAGGCCCUGCUGUCAUUACCUUUACUGGAGUCUCAGGAAGGUGCCACCAGCCUCACAGGCAUCUCUUGAGGUCCCGGAGUCUCAAGUUUCAGCAUUAUGGCUGAAACUUGGGACACUAGGCUGGUCACUGGAGGCUCCGUUGUUGGUGGCUCGGUUGUUGGUUACCUGGGAGGAGGGCCUGCUCCCUGAGCUGGGUCAGCGCGGGCGCCCCCUCCCGACCACGUGGGGUUUCUGGUGGCAGGUGAGAUUCCCUAUGCGCCUGAAGGCCUUCCCCUUGGGCAGCUUUCGCAGGGCUCUCCCAGGUGUGGAAUCCCUGGUGCCCGGUCAGCGUGGGCCGGUGGCCGAAGGCCUUGCCCCACUGCGCGCACUGACAGGGCUUCUUGCCGAUGUGGACCCUGCCGUGCUGACCGGGGUGGACUUGCCCACACGCCGCACUGGAAGGGCCUCUUGCCGCUGUGGAUGGCCGUCGCUGGAACAGGAAUGACACCUUCCGGGAGCUGCGCCCGCACUGGCCCAGCGGUGCGGCUUCUCGCCGGCGUGGACCUGUAGGUGGUAGAGAGGGGCGCCUUCUGGCUGAAGACCUUGCCGCACUCCUGGCCCGGGAAGGGCCGCUCACCGAUGUGUGCGCUGCUGGACGGCCAGCCCCCAGGUGCUGAAUCCCGUGCCCCAGGAACCCAGCGGGAGCAGGAGGAGAAGGAGAGACUCGCCUUGGAAACUCUACAUCCCAGAAAGAUGCAGAGCCUCAGGCCGGAGCAGAUCCGAGGGCUGCUUGAGCCAGAGAGGGCCAAGACGCUGAUGCCCCGGGAGACCAGGGCCUGGGAGAAGCGUGCUGCCCUCACCAAGGACUGGGCAGCUGUGGAGGUUGGGGCCCCUGGCGGUGACGGUGACCUGAAAGGCCUGUCUUCUUCAGAACCCGGGCUGGCACAAGAGUGGAACGCGGUGGAGGGAGAUGAGUCCGAGGACUCGCAGGACUUGCAGUGGCCUCUCCUGGGUUUGCCAAAGAAAUCAGGGCAGGAAGAAGCCUGGGAUGCUCUCUCCACAUCCUUCCCACCAGCCCAUUGCAUCCAACAAGCAAGAACAUUCCCUUAAAAGAAACACAAGCCUCAGCUGUUACAUUCAUUAGGAUUUACUGGUUGCAAAUAACAGAAGUUCAAUUCAAAGGAGCUCAAACUUGUUAUUGAUUAAUUAUUGAUUCAUGUUACACCACCAAAGUUCAGGAGGAAACUGGCUUAAUUUAUAGCUGGUUCCUGGGGCCUAAAAAUAUCACUAAAACCUUUCCUCCUCAUUGACCUCAGGGCUAUGGUCUCUUUCAGGAAUGACCUCCUUCUUUUUCUCCACAUGUCUGGGAGGAUGGCUACCACCACCACCCUGAUCUUCACGUCCAAGUGGCAAAGUGGGGGACACGGGACAGACUCUCAUCACACCCAGUCCCACCUCCCACCCCUUCUGUGCCACAAGAACUGGAACCUUGAAUUAAGGCAUGGAGAGAAUAGUAUCUGAAGGCAGGAACAAGGCAGGCAGAGAAUGGACAGGAAGGACAGGGCAAGGGUGGAAAUGAGGAGCUGCCAUGGGGGCCAUCCUAGAUGUCCAGCCUAGAUGUGGGGGCUGUAGGCUGAUUAGUUCGGCUUGUGCCGCAAGUCUUCAUCAAAUUUGUGGGAAAUAAUCAUGAAAAUAAUGUAAAUCAUAUAAGCAGUGGUCAUUCAUUUGGAUUCUAUCACAUGCCAGAACCUCAUUUCAUUGACGAUAGAAGUAUCCACCCACAACCAUGGUGUUCCAUUCUCCACAGCUAGAUAGAUCCCAUAAAACCAUAAUUAAGACCAUUCCUAACCCACUCAGUUCAGCAGGUAAAAGCCAAAUUCCUCAUCCCUGAGGGAUGAGCCCAUCCCUCAGGGGCCCAUCCCUCAGCCCAUCCCUGAGGGAACUGGCCUGCUCUUGCACCCCUCCCUCCAUCCCAUCCACACUGGCUUUCAGAUGUUUGAACAAGCCCAUCAUGUGCCUGCCUCUGGACCUUUGCACUGACUCUGGAAUGGACUUCUUCCUGGAAUGCUCUUCCCCCAGAAGCUGAGGUGGCCCCCUCACCUCCUGCAGUGCUCUGCUCCAACGUCUCCUCAGACAAGCCUCCACCACCGUCCGCAAAUAGCACCUCCCUCCACUGGCCACUCUCUGCAUAGCCUGUAUAACCAACGGACAGUUAUGUGUUCAUGAGGUUCUGGUCUGUCCUCCUCUGCUGGGUCUUCCUGGGGGAACUGAUUCCUGGGAAGGUUGAAUUGGGGGAGGUGGCUGCAGAGUUCAGCUUGUGUUUCCUGGGAACUCUCCAUGCCAGCUGGUGGGACCCCACACUUCCGAGCCACUCCCCCAUGCUCUUGAAGCUUCUCUGUUCCUUCCUGGAACAGGACAUGUUGGACUCAGGGAAGCAUCUGUAUAAAGUAUCUGGGGAACACAAUGUGUGGGGGGAAGGGGGGGGAACGUCACUUAAGUUGGCAAAUAUGGCCCCGCCCAUUCUCAGAGCCUGGGACCUCCAUCCUUUCUGCCCUAGAGGGCAAGUUUCCCCUGGUCUCUGUGGUGACUGAACUCAGGCCUAUGUCUGCAAACGAGAGUCCCAUUGCACUCAUUCAUCCAGUCACCCAGCACUCCUUGAAGACCUACUGUGUGCAGAGCACCUCAGCCGGGUGAAGGUCAGAAAGAGAGGAGUCAGACUGUGUGGCCCAUGACCCUGAAUGGCUGUAGGGUUGGAGCUGGGCAUGUUCAACUAUUCAUUCACUCUAUUUCCUGAGGACCUACUGUGUGUUGACACUUGAGUUGGGAGAUAUCUGGGGCAUAGGGAUGAACUGGCUGUGUCAUCCCUGACUCUGAAUGACUCCAGGGUUGAUGCUGGUAUGUACAAUUAUUCAGUCACCUGGAGCUUCUUAAGGACCUAUUAUGUGCUGAGAAUUGGGCCAGACAGUUUGGAUUACAGAAGGGAAUGAAGAUGUCUGCUCUAUGAUUCAGGGCUGGUGCUAAGGAUAUUCUCUUAUUCAUUAAUUUACCUGGCCUAUUAAUGUAUAUCUCCUAAGGACCUACUGUGUGCUGGUGCUUGGGCUGGAUGAUAUCUGGGUACAGGGAGGAAGCAACUGUGUGGCCUCUGGCCUUGAAUGACUCCAGGGCCAAUGCUGGGAUGUUAAAACUAGUCACCCAGUACUUCAUAAGGAUCUACUCUGUGCUGAGGCCUAGGUGCUGUCUGGAGUACAGAGAAGACUCAAGAUACCAUGAGUCUUGACUCUAAGACAGGUCGGGGAUUUUUCACUCAUUUGUCUAUUCAUGUGAGAUUUUCUGAGGACCUACUGCGUGCCAAGACCUGUGUAGGUAAUGCCAGGGCAAAAGUAACAGCACACAUCCUGCCCUCCUUGGCCCUUUGCCAGCUUCCUUGGUAGGACUAAGAGCCAAGGAAGCUGAUGGGGCAGGAAGACAGGUGUCUUUGUGUUUAUGUGUCUGUGUCACUGUCUUAGCUUCUCUCCUCCUUGUACACAUUAAAGAUCAUUUAUGUUUA